GAAUACGUGGUCGGAUCGAAGUAGGUGUGUUGGGAACACUGCAGUGACGGAGAUAUUGUUGCUAUUCUCAUCACGCGUCGCACUCCGCUCCGACAGAUUGAAGUGUGAAUACGUCUAAGAUCAACAGUUUGAGUGAAAUGAAGCGCCUGUGAUACUAUGAGGCCGUCUCGCACACCGCCCGCCUGCGGGUCGUUUUUGGAGGUAGACCGAAAGUGUCCCGUUUGAAGAAAAUUUUACAAUGGCAGAGUAUGAUGCUUACAGUGAUGAGUUUGAUCGGCAGUGUGUCCCCACUGCCCAUCGGCCAUUCCGUCGCGGCAAUUACCGUGCGGUUAAUCAUCAAUCGGGAACACGGCCUAAGACGUUCAGUCAACGAGGCAGCAAUCCUCAGUUGAACCGUAAGCCAGGAGAGCAUCCAAGGCGGCACAGUCAACGCGGCAAUCAUCGGCCAGCAACACUUUAUCGGGACCGAGGCGGAGGAUCAUCCGGACUUGGUAGUCGGACACGACCCGAGAAUUGUCCUGUCGAUGGACAUGUGGAAUACAAGGAUAAAGAAGAUGCUGCUGAGGGAGAUACUGCUAGGUCAAGUAGCAAGAGGAGAGAAAACAGAAGGAAACGGGAACAUCCCAUGGGAUAUAAAGCCCUAGAAAGUAUGCUUGCCUUGUAUCCAGACCAAGUAGUACUGAAACUGCAAACUGAACAUUCUGGAUAUGAUCUCUUGAUUGGUAAUGGUGAUGACAUUUCUCAUGAUAAAAUGUGUUUGCUUAUGCAAGUUCUUUGCCAUGCGUCAAAGUCUCAAGUCAAUCGAGAAAACUUGAAUACCCUUCUUGUUCAAACUUUUAACACAAAGUUUAUUAAUAAUCUGAUUAAAUUUUCUAUGGUGAUGGGAUUUCAGUUUGAAGGUGACCAUGAGAAAACAUCAAAAUAUUUUAAAGAUUUGUCAGCUGUCCUACAUACUUAUGCUCAUAUAAUGCCAAGCAGAGCUGUGGAUCACCUCCUACCGCUGAUCGAUAGUUCAGUUAUGAUUUGCCAAAGGUUAACAUUCCCGGAAAUUGUGAGACAAAAUGAAGAAACAAAAGCCUUCUUGGAAAAUGAGAAAUUGAUAGUAGAAAAGCAACACAAUAAACAAGGGAAAACCAAUAGAGAGAGAUGGCUGGACAAAUUACCUCCUCCAAAUAAUUUCCGAGAUCUACCGGUCAUUCCUACUGCUGAGGACAUCAAUGGUAUAGACAGGCCUUUUUUGAGAGAGAACAUAACUCAAGGAGGUUAUACAGAUGUUGACCAUUACUUGGAUGUACAAUUUCGGCUCCUGAGAGAAGAUUUUGUAAGGCCUCUUAGAUCAGGUAUACAAGAGUUUCGACUCAAUACACCUUCAAAAAACUUAGAUAUUAGGAUUUACAAGAAUGUGAAAGUUGUGGGGAGUGACAUAAAAAAUGGAGAGGUUUUCCACUAUGUUGAAAUACCAUUUAUCAAGAAACUGAAAAUUGAAAACACCAAAAGGCUAUUGUAUGGUAAUCUCUUGUGUUUUAGUACAGACAAUUUUAAGACCCUAAUACUAGGAUCAGUAGCAGAGAGAAAUAUGGAAGAUUUGAAGAAAGGUAGACUUGGUGUCAAAUUUGAAGGUGAUAUCAGUAACCAAAAAAAACUGUGGAUAAUGGCUGAAUCAAGAGCUUAUUUUAUGGCUUACAAGCAUGUGCUGAAAGCUCUGCAAGGAAUUACAACUGAUUCAUUUCCUUUGCAAGAAUUCAUAAUCAAUGUCACACAGAAGAAAAUAUAUCCCAGCUAUUUAACUCCACAUACCACUUAUGACCUUAGGGUAUUUAAACAUUCGAAAAUGAUGAAAACAUCAGAGACUUUCAACCAACUCUUUCGCCGCAAAGAUGAUCAGGUUCACGAUGAAAUGUGGCCUCAAAAUCCUCGUUUACAGACAGUGAGAGUAAUGGGGGAUCUUGAACUCUGGCCUUCAGUGGAGGAUCUCGGUCUGGAUGAGUCUCAGCAUAGAGCUUUGAGGAGUGCACUUACUAGCAAACUCGCCAUCAUACAGGGUCCUCCAGGAACAGGGAAAACAUUUAUUGGACUUAAGAUUACACAGACGCUUCUUCACAACAGUGACUUUUGGAAACGCGAUAGACACUCACCUAUAUUGGUAGUAUGUUUUACCAAUCAUGCCCUUGAUCAGUUUCUUGAGGGAAUUGCAAAAUUCACAGAGAGCAUUGUUCGGGUUGGUUCAAGAACGAAAAGUGACGAGAUCAGUGAUUUUCAAAUAAGAACACUUAUUAAUACAGUUAAAAGAAGGAGGCAAAUGCCUGAUGAUGUCUACGAGCUGAAUCAGACCAGGCAACAAGAUACAUUAGCGGCAGAGACGGAAGUAAGACAAUGGAAGGUAGCAUUGGAGGAGACUGAACAUCCACAAGGAAUUCUUCACAAACGUGUCUUUCUUACCGAAGGAGUGAUAACAGAUAAUGUUGCACGUCAAAUUGAGAAUAUUUCUCUAUAUUCCUGGUUGAUGGAUCCGUCAGUCUUUCGGGAAGGAAAAGAAAGUGGAGAGAUUAUCCUAGACAAUCCCAGGGCCCCAACUGAGACUCAAGAGGAGAAUGACGACGAAAUUUGGCAUGAUGCUGAGGAACUCAUGGCUAACGAGGAAGAUGAAAGGAUGAUUGAUUUGGGAGACAACUUUAGCACACAAAAGCACACCACUCCUCGCGGGAUUUUAGACUAUGAUGUGCAUUUAAAGAGCUUAGAGAAAGAGUUACUGCGUCUAAAUUCUACAAACCUGGGAGAAAUGAACGUAAUUCUGCAAACUAGACAUAUUCAGGAGGUAGAAAUACUAACUCAUAGGCUGGAUAUUCUGAGAUACGGUCUUCAAACGGUAACACGGAACUCCAGUACUGAUUUAAAGAAAGUGGAAACUAGGUUAAAUAUCAAGACUCUGUCUUUCAAAGAUCGCUGGCUCCUCUACAAGAUAUGGCUCGAGCGAAUGCAGGAAAAAAUUAAGACAAAAUAUGAAACUGCAGAAAAAGAGUUCCAGCGGUGCUCAAAGGCCUUGGAAGAGAUUCGGUUCCAGGAAAUGCUUCAUGUCAUGAGACACGCAGCAGUAGUGGGCAUGACGACAACGGGAGCUGCACAGAACACAACCGUCCUGCAAGCACUUGAGCCAUCCGUAGUGAUUAUAGAAGAAGCUGCUGAGAUCCUAGAGGCACACGUCAUCACUUCUCUUUCCAGGAGCUGCAAACACCUGAUAAUGAUUGGUGAUCACCAGCAGCUGCAGCCAAGUGCCACUGUAUACGAACUGGCCACUAAAUACAAGCUGGAAAUUUCGUUGUUUGAAAGGAUGAUCAAGAAUGGCCUACCGUAUGAGACUUUGGAUUGUCAACAUCGGAUGAGGCCUGAAAUUUCCUCCUUGCUCGUCCCAUCCAUUUAUCCGCACCUGAAGAACCAUCCGUCAGUGGCUAAGUACCCACAUAUCAAGGGAGUCACUGCAAACCUCUUCUUCAUUAACCACACUCACCAUGAGGACAAAGGCAUAUCUGAUGACAACAACAGUCGUCAAAAUACGUUUGAAGGUGAGCUAAUUAUGGCUCUUUGUCGCCACCUGAUUCUGCAAGGUUACAAGUCUGACAAUAUAACUAUCCUCACACCAUACUCUGGACAGUUCUUUCUCCUCAGAAAGUUGCAACGGAAACAUCAUGUCUGCCAGGGAGUUCAAAUCUGUAUUGUGGAUAAUUUCCAAGGAGAAGAGAAUAACAUCAUCCUACUGUCUCUUGUGCGCAGUAAUGAGAAAGGUCAAGUAGGAUUUUUACGGAAGGAAAAUCGAGUUUGUGUGGCUCUUUCACGAGCAAAGCAUGGCCUCUACAUCGCAGGUAACAUGAGUCAGCUGACUGCUGCUACAAAGGGGGAAAAUCUUUGGACAAAGAUCAACGAAGAUCUAAUAAGAAACAAAGCAAUAGGCAGUGCCUUAACACUGCGUUGUGAAAACCACCCAGAACGUCUAACUUCUGUGUCAAGUGGUGAUGACCUCCUAGAAAAAUGUCCCGAGGGAGGAUGCUUGGAAGCAUGCUCCACCUUGCUGCCAUCAUGUAAUCACAGAUGCCCUAAAAUUUGUCACAUGACAGAACAAGACCAUAAAAAUGUAAAAUGUCCACAGCCAUGUCCUAAAAUGUGCAAAAGGAACCAUUCUUGUCAACAAAGAUGCUGGGAAGCAUGUAAACCAUGCACAGAUUUAAUUGCCAAAACGCUUCCGUGUGGGCAUACCCAUAGAGUGAAAUGCCAUGAUUACGAAAAGAAUCUCCUCUGUCCGACUGUAGUUAAAAGGCAGUUGCCACACUGUAAUCAUGAAGUUGAAAUGCAAUGUCACCGUGAUCCGGUAACAUUUACGUGUCCCAUUCCAUGUGAUAUACGACUCGAGUGUGGGCAUCAGUGUACACGGAAAUGCCACACCACCAUUGACCCUGACCAUUUGGAGUUCAAGUGCGAACAGCCAUGUACACGCGUACCAGAAGGUUGCAGUAAAGCUCAUCGGUGCCAGAAACCGUGUUGGGAGAAGUGUGGACUUUGUAUGGAAUAUGUUAAGAAAGUCAAACAGUGUGGCCACAAACACACGACUCACUGCCAUAUAAAGACAGAGAAUAUCAUUUGUAAUCAAGACUGCAGAAAAAUAUUGCCAUGCCAACACCCAUGCCCGAAGAAAUGCAGCGAAAAAUGUGGAGGCUGCCCGGUAAAAGUAAAGAAGAUUGUGCCAGACUGUCGUCAUGAAAUUCAGGUUGAAUGUGGCCUGCCUCCUUUGAAGUCAAGGUGUGAAAAACGUUGCAUCCUUACCCUUCCGUGUUCCCACCCAUGCCGUGCCCUCUGCUGCGAAGUCUGUACCAAGAACUGUCAAGAACUGGUCAAAACCACUAAUGUCUGUCCAAAGGGCCAUGCUAUAUACCUACCAUGCCAUCUCCAACACCGUAAGUCUUUUUUCUUAUUAUUAAUGAUAUUUUGUUCAUUACAACUCGCUUGCAGUGCAGAGUGCCCCCCUUGUACCGAUUCUUGCCCUCUGAAGUGUAAGCACAGCCGUUGUAAGAAGAAAUGUGGGGAACCCUGCACAAACUGCCAGGAAAAAUGUGUAAGAAGUUGCAAACACCAAACUUGCGAAAAACUCUGCAGUCAGAAGUGCUCAGUCCCACCCUGUAAGAAACCUUGCCCGAAAAAUCUUAGAUGUGGGCAUCCAUGCGUUGGGUACUGCGGUGAUCCCUGCCCGCAUUUGUGCCGCACUUGUGACAAGGACACACUUACGGAGAUACUCUUUGGCUCCGAGGACGAAGAAGAUGCAAGAUUCGUGCUACUGGAAGACUGUCGCCAUGUAAUAGAAGCCGACGGUCUUGAGAACUGGCUCUCUAAUGAUGACGGUGAAAUUUCCAUGAAAAAAUGCCCACGAUGCCAGAGCCCCAUCUACAACAACAGACGUUUCCACGGCUUAGUCUUGAAGUCUUAUGAAAAUAUCCGGGAACUGAAAUACAAAUAUUAUACAGAGAAACCUGUAAUCCAGCAACGGCAUAUUGAACAAAUUCUUAGUGAUGUAUCUAUAUCUAACGGUUUCCAUGAAGAGGUCAGACAAAUAAAGAAGUUCAUCCGCCAAGAUCCACAGAACGUGGCUUCUAGGAAAAUCAAAUACCUAAGUGACGCCGAAUUGGUUUUAUUCAAGUUCCAAGCUAGCGUCCUGCAAAGGCUUUCCGAGUUGCUCAGACAGCACCCUGAUUUAUGUGAUCCUCUGAAAAAAGAAGCUGAGUUUGUACUGAUGCGAGUCAUGAGCCAAAAGCUACGAAUUUCUCUACAGAUGAUGGAAGAGAUUACUUGUGAACUGCAACGCAUUGUAGUUCUCCCAGCAUACUGGAAGGUACUCGAGCGUUUCCUACAAACCAAACUCGAACCUCUCGGUAGGAUCCGAAAUGAACUUGCUAACUGUUUUCACCCGUGUCGAAAGUUCGAUAGUCAGACGGAGAAGAAAGUCCGGGGCCUCUUUAAAGAAAGUAAGAAAUUUAUUGGCGGCCUUGGGAUAAGUGAAGAAGAAAGGCUCCAGAUCAUUGAAGCCGUUGGACUCAAGCAAGGUCACUGGUACAAAUGCCCUAACGGCCAUAUUUACUGCAUCGGGGAGUGUGGAGGAGCCAUGCAAGAAUCAAAAUGCCCAGAGUGUGGAGAAACAAUUGGUGGCAGAAACCAUGCUCUCCAUGGUAGGAAUAGGCAUGCGGGAGAGAUGGACGGAUCGCGCUAUGCUGCCUGGUCUGACCAAGCCAACAUGGCAAACUAUGUAAUUGAUUAGUAAUUGAUUUAGGAGUGAAUCCAGUCUUCUGAAUAUGAAUAUGAUUCAAAGAUUAACAAAUAGUUAGAAAUGGAACCUUUAUCCCUCUUUCCCCCCUUUCUCCACACACACACACACACACACACACACACACACACACACACACACACACACACACACACACACACACACACACACACACACACACACACACACACAUAUAUAUAUAGAUAGACAUGACCACUACGUCUGUUUGGAUAUGUGACCUACUUAUUUUUAAGCAAUAUACCAGAUACCAAUAUGGACUGUAUGGAUUUACCAUUAGAUUGCGGUUAUUGCAGAAAUGUGUUUAUUAUCUUAUGCUUUAAUUUACUUUAUAAUCCUAUUUUCUUCUUGAUCGGGGGUUCAUGAUUGAUGAAUUUAGUCUUAAUAAGUUCUUAUAAACUAAUUAUUCUCCUUUUGUUGCCUUUGCUCCUAGCACAUGCUCUCUUUUCCGGAGUAUACCACUUUCAUGAUUCGAUUUACAGCUCUGUCAGCAAAUAAAUUGUGAAGUCAC